CUGCAGUCGCUCGCAGGACAUCGUCGCGUUCGGACAUGUUCGCCUAAGAAGCUCGCGUCUGGAGUUGGCACUCUCUUCUCAACACACACUCAUACACACACACACAUACGCAUACUCCACACACUCUUACUACCUCUCUCCCUGAGCUGUGGCGCUCUCUCUACUACCGCCGCUCGCAAGCUUUCGUCUCGCUUGCAACGCGUUCGCUCGUGUUUGCUCGUGUUCGUUCGCGCUCGCCAGUGUGGGCUGUGCGGCGUGCUUGAGCCGUGUGCCUGUCUGUGUGUGCUUUGUCGCACUCUGGUUGUUGUUGCCCGCUGGACAAAAGCUGCCGCGCUGCUGCAGCGAAGCCGCCGAGAGCAGAGGCAGCGAAGACGCGCUCGCCGCUAAAACGUCCCAAGUAGUCGCGUACUUCCGCCGUUACCGUUAGCACCACACACAAAACGGAGCUGCUAACCGCUAUACUACAUUACGCCGCCAAAACAUACUGAAAACAACAAAAAAAUAAAAAUAACAAAAAUAAAACACCGCUUUUUGCCGAUUUACCGUUAGCCGUCGCGGUCAUCUAUAAUACUAGUACUAACUUGGAAACAAAAACAAAUCAUAAUACAAAUUAAAACCAAAAUAUAUAUAUUUUGGUAUAUACUUAACAAAAUCAAACGUAUACCUAUACACACUUUGUGCAAUUUUUUUCAAGUGUCUCCGGCGUGUGUUAUCAACAAAAAAAAAAUAUAUACAAAAUCCAAUUGGUUAAACAUACAGCCUGCGAAAACCCAAUUGGUUUUCCCUUCUUUUCCAUACAAAUGAAACCGCGUGCGUUUGUGACAACAACACCAACAACAAAACUGCCAAACAAACAAAAAAGCCUCCAAGGAAGCAAUUAAAAGAGUCCCCCGUGCUUAAGGUUCCUAUACUCCAGUUUAAAUCACAGAUCACAAGAGUCAUUAAAGAAAUAUAAACCAAGUGACAAGUGUACGAAGAAUAGUUACUUUUUUUUUUGGAAAAUGGCAGCCCUUGAAAAGCCCCCAAAAACCAAGCUGAAGCUGUCUGAUUAGGAUACUAAAAGCUAGAGAUUCCAAUUGGUGAAUGUGUGAUUUUUUUUUUAAAACCAAAAACGAGGUUCGUGCAAUAUAAAUACAUAAUUAAAGGAGAGUAGGUCUAGGAAGAAAAGGAAACAAUAACUUGAAAAACUUUAUAAACGUAGGCCAAUUGGAAGUUGGCAUCCCAGUUGGAAUUGGGAGAUCGGCAGGACAUUGCCCUUCGCUGGGUUUGUGUGCCUGUGUCUGCGAAGUUUUGAAACACCUUCGGAAACUGGAAACAAAAAUGAGAAUUAAAAUGCCCGCGGUUCGAAUUGCACAAGAUUCCGACUCCACAGAGAACGAUGCCGUGGCCACACAGGACAUCCUCACGUGCGGCGCCUGCCAGAAGGCGUUCGCCCUCUCGGACAUUGUCAAGUUCAUCCAGCACAAGGUGCUGCAGUGCAACAAGGAGAACUAUGGCCAGUGUGCCACCCAGAAUCCGCAAAUGGAUCGCGAUGCGGAGGAAGGUCGUCCGCUUAGCCUUGUCAAUCGUCGCCCCUCGAUCUCCGCCCCCAUAACCGGUCGCAAAUCCGCUCCAGCGUCGGCAGCAGCAGCAGUUGCAGCAGCAGCAGCAGCAGCGGCGGCAGCAGCAGCGGCGGCGGCGGCCAGCAGUACGGCCAGCGGUUCCAGGAUACACACACCACCACCGAGUCCGGCGGACCUUUUGGCCGACGGAGCCAGCAGCACACCCAAACGCUUAGUAGACGAGAACGACAAUACCACGCCCAAGGAUAGCGAGACGGGCGCCACCACCCUCGAUUCGAAUGCCGCCCCCUCCAGUCCAGCGGCCAUCGAGCGCCAAUCCUCCGGCGACAGCAGCUGCGAAUUGGAGGAGGAGCAGCAGGAGCGACAGGAUAAGCAGUCGCAGCAGCAGAAACAGCAGGCGAAGGUCAAGCAGGAGCCCUACGAUGACGAGGGCCUCAAUCAUCAUCAGAAUCAGAAUCAGCAUCAGCAUCAGGAUGAUGACGAUGAGGAUGAGGAGAUGGAGGAGCGCUCGCUGGCCAAGCGGCCCAAAAUGGAGCUGGUCGAUGCCGAGGCCAACACAGUCCACACAGAACCCAGCAACUAUACGUGCUCCACGUGCAAAACCCGCUACACAUCCGCCUGGCGCCUCAUCCAGCAUGUCCAGCACUCGCACGGUGUCAAGAUCUACGUGGAGAGUCCCGGCGGUGGAGCCACAUUGACGGUGGCCACGCCCGCCGCCCUCAACAACAGUGCUCUGGCAUUGGCCGCCGCCGCCGCCGCCGCAGCCUCCGCUACCGCUUCCGGUCUGGCGAGUCCACAGCCAGCGGUCAGUCCCAAUCCCGCAGUUACAUCGGCGGCCAAGAGGAGCAGUCCGUUGGGCGCAGCGGGUUCGGCCAUUCUGUCCACCUCGGUUAGCUCCACCUGCUCCAACUCGUUGGUGAACACCAGCGGUGGCAGCAUCAGCAACACCAGCAGCAUUGGCUCACCGCAACAGCAACAACAGCAGCAGCAGUUGCAACUGCAACAGCAGCAGCAGCAGGCACAGCAGCAACAGCAGCGCGUGCAGCAGCAACAGAGAGAGAAUCUGGCAUCAGCCAUGGCCGCUGGCAUGCGUCAUCAUCCGCUGCUGCCGCCGCCAGAGGCCAUGCACGCCAAUCCCUUCCAGCUGCUGCGCAUGCCACUGCCACCAGCAUUGGCCCAGGCCGGAAAUGUAGUUCCUACGGUGGCGCCACUCUUCGGUCGCCCCACGCCCGCCGAUCACUACCGCAUGGAGCAGCUGGUCAGCGAGCAGUUCCGCCACCAUGGCUUCAAUCUGGCCGCCGCCGCUGCCGCCGCACAGGCGCAGUUCAAUGCCAAUGGUCAGGUGGUCGGUGGCGUGGUCACCGGUUCGGUUGAGCCACGUCCCCCAUCGUCGAGCAGCAGUGGCAGCCAGCGUGGAUCGGUGCCCCCAGCAGCCCUGCCGCCACCAUCUCUGAGCUCCCAGCAACAGCAGCAGCAGCAACAGCAACAGCAGCAAUCGUUGCAGCAGCAGCAGCAGCAACAGCAAGGUGCCCAGCAGCAACUGCAGUCCGCACAGCAGCAACAGCAGUCGCAGCAGCAGCAAUCGCAACAGCAACAGCAACAGAUCACACCGGGUCUGGUUGGCGGAGCUGGUGGCUCCCUGAAAUUGGAACCGCAGCAGAUGGAUUUUUACUCGCAGCGAUUGCGUCAGCUUGCGGGCACAACAAGCCCUGGAGCUGGCAGCACUGUUAACUCGAGCUCGCCGAGUCCACGACAGAAGCAAUCGCCGCAUUUCGCGAGCCCCUCGCCCUCGCAGCAGCAGCAACAGCAAUUGGCCACCAUCCCGCGACCCCAUUCCCUUACUCCGCCCGAGAAACUGGGCGAUGCUAGCUCCGAAAAUGGCAGCUUGGGACUAAUCCUGGCCAGCACGCCGCGUUCCGCCAGCACGCCACCCUCGAAAACGGGCGAUGUGUCCAUGCAGGAACCCAUUGCCCAUUGCUACUCCUGUAGCUACUGCGACAAGAAGUUCCGGUUCGAGAACAAUCUGAUUAUCCACCAGAGGACCCACACCGGCGAGAAGCCGUACAAGUGCACCGCCUGCGACUUUGAGUGCUCGCACAUCCAGAAGCUGAUGAAGCACAUGCGGGUGCACCGCAGUCCGGCGGAUGAGCAGGACAACCAGGAUAACCAGGACGAUGGCAGCAAUGCCGAUUCGCUGGAAACCAAUGAGGCCGACAACGACGAGGAUCCCAAUCCCGAUGAGUCCGAGGAGGAGUUGGGCGAUGGCGAUAACGAUCCCGAUGGCGAUGGUGACCUCGAUGGCGAGGAUGAGGACGAGGAUGAGCUGGAGGAGUGCGAGGACAUGGACUACAAGGCGGAGGACCUCAGUGUUAGCAAUCGUAUCGAUGGCAAGAGCCAGAGCCCCAAGACGACCAGCUCGGGCGCCACAUCGCUGGUUGGUGAAUUGAUGGACAAGUUCGGUCUGUCCAACAUUGCCCAGUACAGUGAAGCCUACAAGCAGGCGCUCCAGGAGUCCGGACGCAAGGAGGCCGCCGCUGCCGCCGCCGCCGCUGCUGCAGCAGCCGACAACAACAAUCGCGGUGGUGCUGGUGCUCCGCUGAGUGACAAGCUGAAUGGUCUGCCUGUGGCCGCUCUCCGUCUGCGGGAUGAGUUCGCCAAGAACUGCAACAUGUUCCAGCAGCAGCAGGAUGCAGGUGCUCCGUCGCAAGUGCCGCUCUUCAAUCCAUUCCCCAAUCCCUUCGAGCUGAGCAAGCGCAUGAAGAUGGACGGCGGCGAUUGGUGGGGCAUGUCGCAGGCUCUCCAUCGGAAUGAGGCACUGUUCGAGAAUCUGAAGCUGAAGCCACUGGGCCUGGGUGGCGCCAACUCGCUGAUCCAGGGACCGCUGCUCAAGAAGGAGAGCCGCCAGCGCAACGACACGUGCGAGUUUUGCGGCAAGGUGUUCAAGAACUGCUCGAAUCUGACGGUGCAUCGCAGAAGUCACACCGGCGAGAAGCCGUACAAGUGCGAACUCUGCUCCUACGCCUGCGCCCAGAGCUCCAAGCUGACGCGGCACAUGAAGACACACGGCAGGACCGGCAAGGAUGUGUACCGCUGCCGCUUCUGCGACAUGCCAUUCAGUGUGCCCUCGACGCUGGAGAAGCACAUGCGCAAGUGCGUCGUCAAUCAGGGCAAGGCGGCGGCGGCUGCCAAUGCGGUUGCUGCCGCUCAGGCGGCACAGGCUGCAGCGCAACACAUCCAGGCCGCCGCCCAGCAGGCGCAGGCGGUACAGGCUCAGGCGGUGCAGGCCCAGGCGGCGCAGCAGUCGCAACAGCAGCAGCAGCAGCAGCAGCAACAACUAUCGCCCAUGGGCGUCGUUGGCUAUCCGCCGCAGUUUGUCAGCGGUCACAAUCUCUCACUGCCGGGCAGCGUGAGCGGCGACAAUGACUCGAAUGCCUCCUCCAGCUUGACCGGCGUCCAUCCCAUAUCGCUCAAGGAGGAGGCAUGACUUUUUGGUGGUUUUCCCGUGCCGCUGGCGCCACCACCGCCACUGCAGCAGCAUCAGCCGCAUCAGUCGCAUCAGCAGCAGUCGCAUCAGCAGCAGUCGCAGCAGCAGCAACAGACCAGUCGCAGUCGCAUCAUGUCGCGCAUCUUCUAAAGGUGUCUAAACGAUUUAGAAAGCAAACAGAAAACAUGCCAAGCCCCCUGUAAAUAUGACUUUUUUGAAAAAAGCCCCCAUCCAGCUCCUUCCAGGCGACGAAAAAAAACGACCAGAGGCAUUUAAUACCAAAGCAAUAACCGUUAUGUAAUAUAAUUUUAAAGAUUCGAACCUUACUUACUUUUUUUUUUUUUUGAAACGAAAACAAAAAAAAACACACCACACAUUUUUUUCCAACAUUUUUUUUCGUGCUUGUAAUUUAUAUAUAUAAAUAUAUAUAUAGUAUAUAAAUAUACGUAAAUGUAUUAAUAUAAUCGAUUAGUGAGUAAUUGUGUGGACACACAUUUUCCAGUGUAUUUUCUAGGACUAAGUAAGCGAAAGAGAAAGGAUUUGUAUAAAAUGAAAAACCGAAACCUACUAAAUCUAAACGUAAAAAAAAAAAAAUGCAAAAAAUUCUGCUCCCAGUGAGCCACAAAAAUAAGCAAAAUUAUACUCUAAACUUAAUGGCAUUACUAUAUGAAUAUUACCAAUAUGGGCGAGUGUAUGAAUGAAUAUUUUUUUCAUCGAUGUACAUUUUUUUAGUAAAUCUAGACCCCUAGCACUAAAGACGAACACUUGUAAAAAUCCUAAAUCUAAUUCUAAUCAUGAUUAUCGUAUAUGUAUUCGUUUUAUUCGAGUUCCCUUUGAUUUUAUUUCCUUUCCUCUCCUCUCCUCUCCUUUCCCACUUUCCCAUCUUUUUUUUUUGCCUAGACAUAAUUCUAUUAUUAAAUGUAAUUUAAAUGAAAAAAAAACGAAAAAUAAUCAAAUUUUUUUACAUACAUAAAUAAAUAUAAAUGUAAAACACAAAUUUUUUUUAAACAAUUUUAGUCUAAGCUGACAAGGAAAAUCAUGCAUAAACUUUGAGGCAGGAGCAAAUUGAGAAAAGAUGAAGAUGCAAAUUUGUACGUAAAACUUCAAGUGAAUUAUAAGAAAUAGAAGAAAGCAAUUAACGAGAAAAUACCGAAACAACAACAACAAAACAAAUAAAACGACAACAACUAGAUUUAGAAGACUGAAGAACUGAGAACGAAAAUUGUUUUCUUGCAAACAAACAAGAAACAAGAAAAAAACAAAAAAGACAGAACGAAAGUAAAAGGCGAAAGAGAGCUGGAAAACGGACAAUGAAAA